AUGGGUUUCACAACGGGCUUCCUCGGAGGCGUGACUUUAACGUAUUCGCUGCUCUACAUCUCCCUUUAUAUCCACCGCGCCAACCGCAAUGUCCAGCGAACCCUACUGUCACAACAAGCCACUCUCUUGAAUUCUGUUGUCGAACCUCUCCCGCCCCUACCGGAUCCACCAGCAUAUGAGAUCCGAAGAGCUGGGUUGACAGAAGAACUUAAGGACCGCUGGAAUCGUGAGGUCGAGAAGCUCGUUCGCAACUUCCAGGAAAUAAACUGGACGCAGAAGCGGGAGUUGUAUGAAGACCGGAUAGCCGCUGUGUGGGCCAGGUUAAGAUCAUUGGAAUCCGCUCAGAAACUGGAGUCCGGGGCCAAAGAGCUCGAGCAGAAGGUCAAGGACACAGUCAACAGUGGCGCUGAAGCGGCGGAAAAGGCGAAGGGGAAAGUCGAAAGCAAACCAAGACUACUGGAAUUGAAAUGA